AUGCUUUCUGCCAAGAAGAAGAAGGAGACGGCGACAGCGAUGUGGCCCGCUUCCAUCCGGACCCUCCUCUACUUUUUCUGUUUGGCCACUUGUGUUAAGAAAAUCUCCGGACAAACAAAGAAGGAUGAAAGGAUUUAUCCGGAGAAUUUUACUCGCAUUUUGGACCGACUUCUGGACGGCUAUGACAACAGGCUGCGACCUGGAUUCGGCGGAACUGUGACUGAGGUCAAGACGGACAUUUAUGUGACCAGUUUUGGGCCUGUCUCGGAUGUUGAAAUGGAGUACACGAUGGACGUGUUCUUUCGGCAGACGUGGGUGGACCGGAGGCUGAGGUACGAGGGCCCCAUAGAGAUCCUGAGGCUGAACAACCUGAUGGUGACCAAAGUUUGGACCCCGGACACCUUCUUCAGGAACGGCAAGAAGUCCGUGGCUCACAACAUGACGGCCCCCAACAAGCUUUUCCGCAUCAUGAAGAACGGCACCAUCCUGUACACCAUGAGGUUGACCAUCAGUGCUCAGUGUCCCAUGAAGCUUGUGGACUUCCCCAUGGAUGGACAUGCGUGCCCCCUCAAGUUUGGAAGCUAUGCCUAUCCUAAAACAGAGAUGAUCUACACGUGGACCAAAGGGCCUGAGCAUUCAGUGGAGGUUCCUCCUGAGUCCUCCAGCCUCGUUCAGUAUGAUCUCAUCGGCCAGACGGUCUCCAGCGAAACCAUUAAAUCCAUCACAGGUGAAUACGUGGUGAUGACGGUCUACUUUCACUUGAAACGUAAAAUGGGCUACUUCAUGAUUCAGACGUAUAUCCCCUGCAUUAUGACAGUAAUCCUCUCCCAAGUGUCCUUCUGGAUAAAUAAAGAAUCGGUCCCGGCACGCACAGUCUUCGGCAUCACCACCGUCCUCACCAUGACGACGCUCAGUAUCAGUGCCCGCCACUCCCUUCCCAAGGUCUCCUACGCCACAGCCAUGGACUGGUUCAUCGCCGUCUGCUUCGCCUUCGUCUUCUCGGCCCUCAUCGAGUUCGCCGCCGUGAACUACUUCACCAACGCGCAGAUCGAGCACGCCAAGAAGAAGCCGGCCAAAUGUCCUCCGGUGCCCCAAACCACGCCUGUCAAGGUCAAGGACACUGAGGAGGCGCUGCAGCAGAAUCCCGACAGCAACGGUAACCUGAGAAAGCGGAUGAAUUAUGUUUCCCACCAAGAGGCCCGCAGUCACCAGAGAGCCAUGUCCACCAUCAACAUCUCGGGGGUUGGUCGAGCGAGAGCGCUGCGAUCUUUGGCCGGCGGAGUCAACGGCAGCUCCUCCACCCUCUCGCGCACCAGCCCCAAGUCGGAGAGCCUGCUCAGCGUGGCCUCCUCCUCUGCCCAGCUGGUGAAAAGCGCGCCCCAGGCUGCGGCGUCCACGCCAGACGUGAUGGCGGCGACGACGUGCAAGCAGAAUGCCAGCUCCUCGUCCCUGCAGCAUCUGCUGGGGCCCAAGCUGGAGCGCAUCCAGAUGAUGGGGAACAAACCGGAGCUGAAGCAGACGCCAUGCUCCCAGCCCACCACCGCCGGAAUGGGAGGAACCAGCAAAAUUGACAAGUAUGCACGGAUCCUGUUCCCAGUGUCCUUCGGAGCUUUUAACAUGGUCUACUGGGUGGUUUACCUAUCAAAGGACACAAUGGUGGCUAAAGGGGGCUAG